AUGGCUACUUUGGAUUUGCUUUCUGGUCAAGUAACCGCUACGAAAUCAGUAAACGGAAACAUGUUGCUCGUCAAGCGAAUCCACGGACUGAUAAACGCAGUGAGUUGGGGAAUUCUAAUGCCUAUUGGAGAUAUGGCUGCAAGAUACAUGAAGACCUACGAAAAGAGCAUCAUUAAUGGGAUCUUUGUUGCACUUGUAGGUGCGCUCUUAGCUUUUCUACCGAAAGCUAUACUUCCACGUAGCUCCUCCAAGGUCUAUACUCCAUUCUUGGCUGAUCCCUUCAAGAACAUCACCUUCGGAGCUUACGACACUUUAACCCUCCUCGUCUUGGUCAUGUGGGCAGCUAUGCUCUUGGCUCCUCGUAGGAACAGAGGUAGGAGAUUAGGUUGA